AUGCCUCCUCCUGGAGACGCCCCGCCGGCCGAGGGGUCGCCAGUCCCGGGGGUCCUGUGGACCAAGGGUGGCGAGGACCAUGGCGCUGGGACUUCGGAGACCCCGGGCUCCGAGGGGGACACAGAGUCCCCAGAAGCAGAGGAAGAGGAGGAGGUGCCGGGCCACGGCCGCCGCCGGCGCGUGCGCUCCUUCUCCUUGCCGGCCGACCCCAUCCUGCAGGUGGCCCGGCUCCUGCAGCGGCGGCAGCAGCAGGCCCGGGAAGGGCUGGGCGGCAAGAAGCGGGUGCAGUUCGCCGACUCUCUGGGGCUGAACCUGGCCAGCGUGAGGCAUUUCAGUGAGGCCGAGGAGCCGCAGGUCCCGCCCGCCGUGCUCUCCCGCCUCCACAGCUUCCCCAUGAGCUCCGAGGACCUGGAGCACAUCGGGGGCCUGCUGGCCGCGGCAGCGGCGGCCAGUCCCCUCCCGGCGGCGCCGCCUCCCCGGCUCCGGCCGCUGUUUGAGCUCCCGGGCCCCGGCGCGGCCGCCCAGCGACUCCGGCUGCAGCGCGUGUGCCUGGAGCGCGUGCAGUGCUCGGCGCCCUGGGGCGCGGAGGUGACGGGCUCCGGGAGGGUGCUCAGCUGCGCGGGGCCCAGGGCCGUGCUCGUGCGCUACACCUUCACCGAGUGGCGCUCCUUCCUGGACCAGCCCGCCGAGCUGUCCCCCGAGGAGUCCCCGGAGCCGCAGCCCCCAGAGGCACCUUCGAGGGUCUCCGGGGGUGCGGAGGAGGAGCUGGGCGUCGAGCUCUUCCACUUCUCGCUGUCCCUGCCCCCUGGCCUGCUGCCCAAAGACUGGGAAGAUGCGGACGCGCAGGACGCCGCCAUCCACUUCGCCAUCUGCUACCGCUGCGCACAGGGCGAGUUCUGGGACAACAACUCUGGAGCCAACUACACACUGCGCUAUGUACACAGCACGGACGCGCCCUGA